AUGGCGGGUGAGAAGGUUCUUCUUCGAGUGCCUCCCAUGAAGGGCGCGAUGUGGCUUGGCAAGAAGGGAAAGUUGAGCCCAAGGUUUAUUGGACCAUUUGAGAUCUUGAAGACAGUUGGGGAGGUUGUUUAUAGACUUGAAUUGCCUCCUAGCCUAGUAGGGGUACAUCUAUUAUUUCACAUUUCCAUGCUUCGGAAGUACCAUGAGGAUAAAUUGUAUGUUUUAGACUUCAACACGGUGCAACUUGAUGAAACUCAGACCUAUGAGGAGAAGCCUGUGGUUAUUCUAGACCUACAAGUUCGCACAAUAGCUAGCGAUUGCUCAGCUGCAAAGUCACCAGAAAACUCCCAGCACGGUAACGCCGGGGACGGCUUCCCUAGCCGAGCAGGUACCAGAGAAGUCAAGCAACAACGGGUGGGUAGCCGACCCCUCCAUCGUAAAGAUGCUUGA